AUGGCCGAUAUCAAUGCGGAACUGCUUGCGCUCGCCGGAGGGGACUCCUCCGGUGAAGAAAGCAUGCCUUCUUCUCCUAAACCAAAAUCCCCUUCUCCAUCUAGAAACAAUCAACAAAAUCGAAGAGCAUCGAGCCCGGCAGAUAUGUCUCGUAAAGGUGUCGCAAAGUCUGCUCGGCGACCUCGGCGUCGCAAGGUAUAUUCUGACGAUGAGGGCGAAGUGUCAUCGGAGUCUCAGCAUUCGGAAUCCGCUUCGAUGUCACAAUCUGACUCCGAGGCCGAUUUCGACUCGGGCGUAGACAAGCCAAUUUUUCCAUACGAGAAGCUCUACUACGACGCCGAAGACAAGGCUCGCAUUGACGCCAAACCAGAAAUUGAAAGAGAAGAGAUCCUCGCCCAGAGAAGUGAGCAAGUCGAACGACACGAGCAAGACCUCGCCCUUCGCCGCCUUGUGGCUGCGAGAGCUCGAGAAGAAGCGAAGACCACCGCGAAGAACAAGCGCAAAGCCAGUGCUGCAGAAUUGGAAGACACGCAGCGCAAGAGCACUCGUCAGCGUACCAAGGUUGGGGGUGGCAGGGUCGGCGAGGCAAGCAGUGCUAUCGAAGCAUACAAGCAGCAACGUGCCGAAAAAAACUUACGAGAGGAGCAGAGGAAGAGAGAUGGCUAUGUUCGAAGGCCGGCAUCCCCAGAACAAGACUACAGCGAUGUGGAUGCGGAUGCUGAAAGUGACAACGACUACGAUGAUCGGAGAUACAAGCGACGUUCCCCAAGCCCUCCAAAGGAUGAGCCAAUUGCUGAACUUGCCGACAUUCAGAGAGCAAAAGUUGGUCGAGAUAAUUUCGCCCAGGUCUGCUACACUCCAGGAUUUGAGGAUGCGAUUACAGAUUGCUACGCUCGCGUAUGCCUCGGCCCUGGCCCUGAUCCGAAAGUCAAUGCAUAUAGACUCUGUCGUAUUAAAGGAUUCGUCACAGGCAAACCGUAUGCGAUGAUUGGAUCUAACGGAAGGCCAUUUCCUGUGGAGAAAUACAUUGUGGCCGCGCAUGGCAAAUCAGAGAAAGCCUGGUCAUUCCUGGAAUGCUCGAUGUCUAAGUUCACCGAGGACGAGUGGAGACGGUACCGGGUGGUCAUGGCCAAUGAAGACCUCAAGCUGCCGACAAAGAAGUUCAUUAAUUCGAAGCUUGAACAAAUCAAUAAACUACUGAAGCAUCGAUUUACCGAUGAUGAAAUCGAUGUGAGAAUGCGAACCAUGAAUGAGCUUACUGAGAAAAUCACCAGGGCUCGAGAAAAGGAGAUUCUCAAAGAGGAGAUCAAAGGAGCUAUUGCUGAAGGAAAGGAUGAACUUGCUGAGGAACUAGAGAACAAGCUCGCAAGCAUCGUUCCCAUGAAGCUAGCUUUCGGAACGAGUCUAUACCGCUCAGAUUCUUACGAAGUCAGUCAAGAACAAGAGCGAAUUGCAGAGCUCAACCGCAGGAAUCAGCGAUUGAAUGCCGAAAAUAUUAGAAAGGCGCAGCUCGCUGAGAUGAGGGCACGAAGGACGAAGAAACAUCUGGCUCCUGGCGUUGAUGAACUGUUUGAGGGUGGUAGUGACAUCAGUCGGACCGGAACGCCUAUCAACGGUUCUGGUACGCCCAAGGUGGCAUCAGGUCUUUCUCGCGCCGGAACUCCCAACCCUACUCCUCUCGCAAAUGGAACUCCGAGAACCUCGACUCCUACACCGAACGUUUUGAAGCCGACUGCCGAGAAGAAGAAAGGACUCCCUGUCAUUCGCAAGGCGGCAUUGGAUGACGAGAUAUUGGCCAAUAUGGACCUCGGGAUUGACAUUGACGUUGAUAUCUGA